UCACCGCCGGGAGAACAGAGCGGGCAUGGCGUCGGUGCUGCGGCUCCUAGUCCUGCUCGUGUGCGGCCUGGGGCCCGCCGUCCGCGCCCUGGAGCCGCGCGAGGUCUUCACCAACUCCUUCCUGGUCCGGCUAAGAGGAGACCACGAGCCCCGCGCCGCAGAAGCCGUCGCCAAGCGCAACGGAUUCCACAGCAUCGGGCCGGUGCUGGGGUCCAAGAACGAGUACCACUUCGUUCAUCGCGCCGUGCCCCGGGCCCGCACCAAGCGAAGCAUCCCGCACAUGCGCAAACUCCGGGCCGACCCGCAGGUGGAGACAGCCAUCCAGCAGACGGGCUUCAAGCGGGUCAAACGUGGCUACACGGAGCUCAAGUUGGGGCCCGAAAACCUGAGGCUUCAGCGGGAACCAACGGACCCUUACUUCCCGUACCAGUGGUACUUGAAAAAUGUCGGCCAGAACGGCGGCAAGCCGCGGUUGGAUCUGAACGUUGAAGCCGCCUGGGCUCAGGGAUUUACGGGCAAGAAUGUUACUACAGCCAUUAUGGACGAUGGGGUUGACUAUAUGCACCCGGACCUUCGGGACAAUUACAAUGCCAAGGCCAGUUACGACUUCAGUAGCAACGACCCCUUCCCAUACCCAAGGUACACGGACGAUUGGUUCAACAGUCAUGGCACACGCUGUGCCGGUGAAGUCUCCGCCAAGAGAGACAACGGAGUGUGCGGCGUUGGCGUCGCCUACGAUUCUAAGGUGGCAGGCAUCCGUAUGCUGGACCAGCCAUACAUGACGGACUUGAUCGAGGCAAACUCUAUGGGCCACGAGCCCAACUUGAUUGACAUCUACAGCGCUUCCUGGGGACCCACCGACGACGGAAAGACUGUCGACGGACCCCGCAACGCCACUAUGCGGGCGAUUGUCCGAGGAGUAAACGAGGGUCGCCACGGCCUGGGCAACAUCUACGUGUGGGCGUCGGGCGACGGCGGGGAGGACGACGACUGUAACUGCGACGGAUACGCGGCCUCCAUGUGGACCGUGUCCAUCAACUCGGCCAUCAAUGACGGCGAGAACGCGCACUACGACGAGUCCUGCUCGUCGACCCUGGCCUCCACCUUCAGCAACGGCGCCAAGGACCCACACACGGGAGUGGCCACGACUGACCUGUACGGGAAAUGCACCAAGACGCACUCCGGGACAUCAGCAGCCGCACCGGAAGCCGCCGGUGUGUUUGCUCUCGCGUUGGAAGCAAACCCCGAGCUGACCUGGCGGGACAUCCAGCACCUGACCGUGCUCACCUCGAAGCGCAACUCGCUGUACGACAGCAAGAACCGCUUCCACUGGAAGAUGAACGGCGUCGGGCUCGAGUUCAACCACCUGUUCGGCUUCGGCGUGCUGGACGCCGGCGCCAUGGUGGCCCUCGCCAAGAUCUGGAAGACGGUGCCCGCGAGAUUCCACUGCGAGGCCGGAUCGUACGUCAAGACCAGCGAGUUCAAGGCUAACGAGAGCCUGAAGAUCUACUUGGACACGGAAUCGUGCGCCGGUACGGACACCGAGGUGAACUACGUCGAGCACGUGCAAGCCGUGAUCACCCUCAACGCCACGCGCCGCGGAGACGUCAAGCUCUUCAUGGUCUCCCCAUCUGGAACGCGAUCCAUGAUCCUGAGCCGUCGACCGAACGAUGACGACAGCCACGACGGCUUCACCAAAUGGCCCUUCAUGACGACACACACCUGGGGAGAGAACCCGCGUGGUCGCUGGACGCUCGAGGCGCACAUCGACCGCGGUACCGGAGGCGCCAAGGACUCCGGUUCGGACGACGGCGAAGGCGAGGCCCGGGGCUUCCUCAAGGAGUGGACGCUCAUGAUACACGGUACCCGGGACCCGCCCUACGUCGACCUGCCGGCGCACGACCACAACUCCAAGCUCGCCAUCGUCAAGAAGGCCCACGAGUCGACGCGUCGAGGAGCCGCGGCCCUCAAAGCGAGGUCGAGGCCCUGAACAGGGCUUCCGCCGCGCACGCCAUCUCUCCGGACGAUGCCUAACGGGAAUGAAGCAAAAACAAGACGACGAAGACGACGAGACAGUAAAACGACGCGCAAGGAACCGAGGGAAAAAAAAUGAGCGUACUGCGGAACCGGCCGGGAACCUUGAAGGCUACCGGGAUUACAGAGCUCAAGUUUUGUUGGCUGCAGUCAGUGGACGCGCGGCGGCCAUUUUGCGGCCAUCCCUAGAAAUACGGAAAAUUAGGCGCGCGAGACACCUUGCGCCCUCUCUCGGCGGGCGCGUGCUGGACCUUACGUUAGGGAAUGGGCAUCGCAUUUUAAAAAAAUGAAUCUCCCCCCAAAUUUUUUUAUCAAUAAGAAUUUGAUUCAUAUAUGGAAACGACCAAUUUGGGAAACCUUUCGGUAAAUUUCUAGCUAUGUAGCAACAAAACAAUCAAACUGGCUUGCAACAAGUUCCUGGCCAGUUUGAUAACCUCAGUGGAUAAAUCAUUCAAAUUAACAAAGUGCCGGGAACCCAGAGUUUUAUUACCAAACAACUUAAAUUUGACCGAGAUGCUCCAAAAUGGGUCUUUAACAUAUAUCAAUAAAAUUCUCAGUGUAACUGCGUUGUUUGGAGAGAUUCGAUUUUUUUUUUAAUCCCGAUGUCCAUUCAUUUAUGCAGCGCCAUGCGUACGAUCACCGAGAAAGGGCAGCAAGUGUCCCGUGCGCCUGAUGUCCCACAUUUCUGGCCAAGCGAGUUCUGAACUAGCACUCUGAAAAAGAGCAGAAAUUUGGUCUGGGCGGUGUAGGUUCAUCGCGGUGUCUUAAGCACCCAGUAGAACACGGAAGAAAGAUGAUGCAACAGCAAUGUCGUUGUCUGUCUUCAUCCUCUUGUGUUCUGCUUGGUGCCUAAGACACCAUGAUGCGCUCUAAACACCUUCAACAUCAGAUGCGUUGAAUUUGAGUGUUGCAUCACCGCUUGUGAUUCGAAGCGCAUGGCGUGGUGUCAAGCACGGCCAUGGUCGGUACUAUAAUCUUGCCUGGUCUCACCACGCUGUCUGGUGAACCAAGACAGACUAAGGUGGUUCUUCCCAGCGUUUCAUACCGAAUUGCGAUGAUGGACUCCAAGCGGAAAACCUUCUGUACAUACUCUACAAAUAGUGAUUAAGACUAUAGGGCGUCCACAGAGAGCCUGUGAACUUAUGUUCUUGCAUUUUUUUUUAUGUUGUGUAUAAACUUUCUAAAAGCAAUUACUUUUGAAGUCUAUCGUCCACGAAAAGAUCAAAGGAAGUUAACGCAUCGAUGACUUAGAAAGUCUUGACUUUCUCUUGUCCAUACGGCCCGGAAAAACCAUUCCGGUCUGUCCUGGUACACCGACAGCAGCGGAAAGAUGACGAUGAGGCAUCCAGACCACUCGUCCUGCCUUCGGUACAGGGGGAGCUCGUAUCGUGAUAACGAAUCACCACCGAAUGCAUUGCGACCGAACUUAGUGAAGUGAUCCGCUGUGAUGCCAUCUUGAGCCAGUGCACUUCCACACUGACGCCAACAAACCUGAGCUCUGUAGUCGAAAUCAGAAGGAUCUUUGUCUGCAAGAGGGUCUUCGACGAGCUUUUUGCGUGAACCCACCGCUUUUUCUUUUAGAGCGUGAAGCACCGCAAGUUCUGAGCGCUACAGCGAUUAUUUGCCUUCUGAAUACAGUCCAGAACCCGGUCACUUCGGCUGAAGGCAGUGAUGGAGGUUGUGAGCCGGCGUUGUUCAUUCAAACCAGCACUCGCAACAAGCAACGUUAUAUCUUAGGUUGCACCAGGUGAUACUAGCUUCUAAAGGAUCAAAGGCUAUAAGUUCAAGUUUAGAGACUGCGACCUAGAAUCGCGACACUCUUUUUUUUUUUGCGGGAUCUUCCUGCCAUUGGCCCAUGCAUUCAAAUUUACAUCACUCGCUGUCCCAGGAGGUCAUUACCUGUUCCUGUAAACGUAGGAACCGCUAUGCUACACCAAGCCUGGCAUUCGUAAAGACAGUUCCGUCGUAUGAUCUGUUCAUGCGCAUUCGGGGCGUAAGCCCUAAAGGUUUAGAUGGCCAAGUCGGCAGGCAAGGCACCCACCGAUCACGAACAGAUCCUAUGCACGAAAGUCCUCGUUAACAGACCCCAGAUUCUGCCGUCAAAGCCACAGUUAUCGUCGUCUGUGUGACGGAACCCUAACGAAAGUUAAAACUCCAGCUGAGUCGAUGCGUUAGGAAGCUUUAGUAUGUCAGGGAACUUGUAUACUAUAAUGCUGAAGUUUGUUGGCCACUUCACAUUAGUGACAAUGCACAAUACCAUAUCAAACUAGUUCCCCGUUCAAUGCGACCACUGCGCGUACCAAGCCAUUUUCCAGUACGCCUUAUAACCAUGGCAACGUUUCUACAUGCCUAAAACGGCUGUCUUACGGCAAAGCACGCCGUUGUGGAAGAAAGAAAAGGGUGCAAGCUCUUGUGUUGUUUAAUGGUGGCGCUGCGGAACUUGCGGGGCAGUAUGCUUGAGAAGAUGCGAGGGUAUGCUGCAUUCUUGUGACCAAUCUUGGGGUGCGCCAUAUCUUACACGUUCUCCAGAGCCCGAGCCCGCUCCUUCUCUGUAUCAAUUCACUUUGUUACUGUUGUCUCUCACAACGAUUUGUUAAGUUCGAGUGUGCUUAAACCAGAAUAGAGAGAAAAAUAUAUCAGGCUAGAAGUAUUUCUGAAGCACCAGGAACAAAACGGUGUAUUAUAUUUGCAACCACAGGGAAAAUAUCGCAUCGUCGUUUUGAGCGUUGGCUCUUGCUUGCCUCGUGAACGGCACUAAGAAUGAAACAAUGUUGAAUGUACAGUCUUUGUCGAAAGUAUCGAGGUCACGACACAUGCGACCAUAGUAGUUGCUGGGAUGCUUCUAAAUUAAUUGUGGCACGAACAGGAUACGAGAAAUAAGGACCACGCUGACUGGUGAUGGUCCUUGCUGCGUUUACCCUGAUUGCUCUACAAUUCGCUUGGAAGUGCUGCACUUAUCACGGCAACCUGUAAACUUAAAGUAGAGGCACAGUUGUCAAGCAUAAUGAUAACAACCACACUAUUUAGCUAGAGUAAUGACAACAGCCGCGCUGUUUUUCAUGUUUUCGCUAUUGUCAUUUCAUUGUAAAGGUAACAGCGAGUGAAGUAAAGUUUGCGGGAUCAUUUCAUAGGUAACAUAUAUAUUGUUCUUAUAAAUUUCACUUCGAGCAAUGCUACAUGUGGACGUGAUAAAAAAUAAAUGAAACAUCAAAACCUACGCGACCGUUAGCAUUACCUAAGUUAAAUAAACAACUGUUAAAUUUGAAGGUGAAAAUUUUAACUUUUAUGGAGGUUACUGCCAUAAAAGUCUACGCGCUCAAUAUCCCUAGAACGUUACUAACUUGCUGACAUGUGCACUGGAAGGCCUCGUAGAGCUUCAGGUGCUGCGUUGCACUGAACUAAGUCUGUAUAUAACGUUAUAACGAUGGACCUGCAUAUAAUCUGUGUCCUGUUCGUGCAACUAAAGUUGCAUGCAUUGUGAAAGGAUGGCGUUAAGCACUCGCUUGGCCUUCGGUGCUCUACUAGUGCGAUGAGAGCUCAACCGCACGGCCUGGCGACAAGUCUGACUAGAGAGUGCUGUGGCCCGUGUACUUUUGGCAAAGACUGUAGUUAUUUUGUGCUGACAGUGCUUUCACGUUCCUGUGCUCGCCAGUAUUUUUCAACACCAGCGUUAAGAGAGAAGAAAUAACCGGAAAUAUUUCGGCGUACAAAUUCUACAAAUGUGUACAUUGAGAGGUAGUUAGCCCUUUGUAAAGAAAUUAGAUGCUAGCUAUGUUGCCCGUUGCAAAUUUUAGUAUUACACCUUGGAUGUUGAUGCGCUGGUGAGUUUUCGUUGACGUGAGAUGGUGACUACACGAUGUGCUGCAUCGCCGGACACAUUCGCACAAGGCCUUGUGUUCCGGGCAAAAAUUGCGAUAUACAUGUAUGAUCAAUCAGAAAACGUGUCUCUUGAUAGCGGACUAAAUGUUGUGUUUUAUUUUUCGAUAAUAUUCGCUCCAAACAGCGAGGAAUAUGGCCGCUGAUUUCCGCGGCGCCCUGUGUUGUUUUGGUGAUGCCCGACGGCGAACACCGGGGGAAGUUGUGAAGCGUAGGAUCGGAAAUUUCGCUAUUCUACUAAUUGUACGCUGAGGAGUAAGAGUGGGCGAGCGUGAUUAAAAAUUACAGCAGCCGUGGAAUGACCUGUAAACACAUGAGAUGAAGAGCAGCUUCGUGAUCUCAUUUGCAAGAAGGUUCUACACAAGAUUUGCCGAGUAUUUUGUGGUUUUCCAAGCCCGUGUUACAAUUAAUGCACACGUCCGAAUGGUAAAGGUCGUCUACAAUGAAUUAGCACAGCUCUAAGUAAUGUGACUGUUUGGGGUUGCUGGUACAGCUCUAAGGACAUCAAUGCUUUCUCCAAAGCUCCCCCUCUCCCCUCCCGAAAAGGAAAAAAGGGAGGGGGAAGAUGUCAUUGGUAAAAUGUAUGUUGACCGAAGAGACGAGAGCUGCUUAUGAGCUGGUGGACCAGCCUGUUCUAUAAAUGUGGCCCUUACAGUAUUGCUUUAUCCGAGAGGAUAAUUAGAAUCAAAAUACUCGCUUUGUAGCUAUAGCCAUCGAGUUAAUUGAUUCAUUCAGCUCUUAAGAGAAAGCCUGCACUCCGUAAAGGUGGCCAUUCUCGUUGUUGUGUUUGAAGAAGACAGUUUAGUUGAGAUUUAUAUAAGCUACGCCACUACAGAUGCAAAACAGUGGCGUCGCUUUGUACGUUGAUCCACAGUGACAGAGGAUUAAAGACAGCUAAUCUAAAUGUACGAGUAAAGCUCAAAUGUCACAUCUAAACUCGGGCAUAUAGAGGAAUCCCAUUCGACCAAGAAAAAGGGAAGAGAAGAAAUGAGAAAUAUAUACAUAUAUAUAUUUUUAAUUAUCUAACAAUUCUCAAGUGCGAAUCGACAAAGCAUUGACGGCGUUCUAUCAUUUAUUAACCAAAAAGUUCAUUUCAUUCUUCAACUAUCAAGACUUUUUCGCAAAUUAUAAAGUACAGUCGACAUCUGGAAGCUGACCAGAGGAAACUGAAACGGUAUCAGUGUGAACAUGUGUCGACAAUAUUACGCACAAUAAAGUCAUUUUCUUUUCCAUUGCAA